CACCAAGUUAGUUUACAAAUGGCGGACAAAUAUUUUUCAAUGAUUUUGAAAAAGUUUAUUGAAUUAGUAUUUCACUCUAAUAUUUAGCCAUGGAUCAAGGUUUUGUUGAAGCAAUAGGUGCAUCCCUGAUAAGGGAAUACUUGAGUAGAAAGGGAUUUAAACAAACUCUAGCAAUGCUUGAUAAUGAAUCUCCAAGAUCUGAACAAAGCAUCAGUAAUAGGCCAACUCUGAUGAAAGAACUUCAUUUGGAAAAACUUAUGAAACGUAAUAAGGAAGAGGGCCAACCAUUUAGAACAAUGAUUGAAGUGAUGACCAAACAUUUUCUUGAACAAGUGAAUGAAAGACAUUCUAGAACAAGCAGUGCAGCACUUGAAAACAAUAAAACAAAACCAGUCUCUCCCAAAAAAGAAUACCAUGGUGACAUCAUAGUUGAUGAUGAUGUAGAGGGAGAAACUCUGCUUGGAGAUGGUAAAUCUGGCCUCAUGGACCAACAAAUUCCUGAUAGGCCAAUGUCAUCACGCUCUAACAGGUCUCGGGGGAUGUCUGGACCAAUCACAAGCAGCCUAGAUCCCAGAGAUAAGAGAUUAAGGUCAGCUAAAAAGAAGCAUGUUGGACCAGGAACUUUACAUGGACCAAUGAAAGAUGUUCUCAGGUCAGAAGAUAGUGCUUCACCUUCCCCUGUGAACACCCCUGAGAGACAACACAGUGCAGGAGCCACUAGGAAGGAACCCAACCACCUCUCUAUUGAUCUCAAACCACUUACUGCUGCACUAGAGGAAGAACCUCAAAGAAAACCCAGUGCUUCACGUCGACGCACCUCAAACUCUGAAAUUCCAGUUGACCCUCCAGAAACGUCAGUCGUGUCAAAACCUCAAGAAAAACCUAAAAACAUUACUCCAAGUGAAUUCAGAGGGGAUAAGAAAACUUCAUUUGAGGAUUCUUUGAAAAAAUUAAAAGAAAAUCGUACAAAAAGGCGAGAUAAGGAGAAGGUAGAAAUUGUGACUCCACAAAGUGAGGCUACGCAAGGGGUAAUGCCCCGUCCAAGUACAGGUAGAAGAAAGGUGGAGACAGAUGAAUCAGAAGGCUACAGUGUCCUUAACUCCAGUCUGACUAGUGACAGGCCACCUUCAAGAGGAAGACUUGUUGAACAACCCAGUAAACUAUCAAAAGAUAAUACUCCAAACACAGCUGAAUCUGAGAAUAACAAUGCAACACAAAAGGAGGAAAGCGAUGUUGAUACAGAACCAAAGCUUCCACCACCCCAGCUUAUCUCAAAAUCAAUCAACUCGAGACCCAUGGAUCUGAAAACUGCUGUUCAAUUAAAAACUAUACUUUUUGGGACUGCCAUGGAAAAUUUCAAUGAUGAAUGGCGUUAUCAAAGUUUGACGUUCUGUGAUAUACCAAAACUGCAAUAUGGAAUCGUCCAGAAGAAGGGGGGUCCUUGCGGGGCACUUGCUGCUAUACAAGCAUGCAUGCUUCAAAAGUUACUUUUUACUGAUAAAUCCUAUAGAACUUCAUGGCAAAAUCCCACCAAAGAAAUCCGUUCUAAAUGCCUUGCUAUGGCAAUCAGCAAUAUCCUUUGGAGGGCUGGUGAAUUUUCCAGAGCUAUACUGACGUUACCCUCAGGGAGGACUUUAUUUACAGGUAUUGGGAGGUUCAAAGCAGAUCAGCUGACAGAGACCCUAACUAUCAAUGAAUUUGAUAAUUAUGACACUUUGUAUGGAUUUGUAACUCAGCAUAUAGGACAUUUAGAGAUGGAUGGAUCCGGCGGUGUUAUUUUAGUGGUUUAUUCUGCAAUAUUAUCACGUGGUAUUAGUCAAAUUAAGAAAGACAUGGAUGUACCUGACCAGGGAAAACUAAUGGGUCAACAUGGCUAUUGCACACAGGAGAUGGUUAACUUGUUGAUCAAAGGACAGGCAGCAUCCAACGUGUUUGACAAUACUAUGGAGUUAGAUGGAGGUUUGGUCUUGAAGGGAAUAGUAGGACGUGGUGAUAUUGGACUUCUUUCCCUAUUUGAACAUUAUAACUCUUGCCAGGUUGGGACCAAUUUGAAAGUACCAAAGAAUCCAAUCUGGCUGAUUUGCAGUGAGAGUCACUUUACUACUCUCUUUUGUACACGCAAGGAACUUAUGUCUGACUGGAAAGCUGAAAGAAGGUUUGAUCUAUAUUAUUAUGAUGGCUUGGCUAAACAGGAUGAAGAAAUUAGGUUAACAAUAGACACAACCAACAGGUUUUAUGAGCCACCAUCAGCCGAAGAUGAGAUGGUUCCACCUCUGGAGCUUUGCAUAAGAACCAAGUGGAAAGAUGCUCAGAUAGAUUGGAAUGGGACAGAACCCUUUCUAUAAUGAAUGUUAACAGUAGCUGCCACUAAUUGCCACUGCUGCUUCAGCUAACAAAACCAGUAUCCUUGAGCAGAUAUAACAUACGGACUGUGCUAUAAAACUGAAUUCUGAAUAGCUAUUGGCAAAGUUGCAUACAGUUAUGUGUGAAAUUCUAUAUUAUUUAUUAGUAUUUGUAUAGACAAACAAGGCUCUCUUUAAGCACUUGGUAAAUAUCAGUCUUAAAUGUCAUGAAUGGUGAAUGAAAUACCCAUUGGAUUAUUCGGCUUACAUUUAUUGAAAUUAUUUCAGAAAAGAACAUCUGCUAUUCUCCUCUAUGAGAAGAAGUAUAUUGUCAAAAGCUAUGGCACAGCCUCUAGUGGAAACAGGGGUUUCCUUGUUUAGGGAUAAAAAGUGUAAAAUGUUGAAAGCAAUAUUUUGAAAAAGCAUGCAAAUGUUUCACUUCCAGUUCAACUUUUGUUUUCUGAAAUGGGAAUUGAGAUAGAGGCUUAUCUGAUCAAACAAUAUUUUGAUGAUUUUAAGAUAUGGAAAUAUCAAUUGAAAUUCAUUAAAAGGAUGACUUCUCCUUUCAGUUGCAUUGACAGAUAACCUUAAAAAUCAAAGGAUUAUCAUCAAGUAAAGUCUAAACUUACUUUCAACUUUAUACCGUCUACUAGCCCCUUAUAAAGAGUUAUAUGAAUAAAGACACUCUACUAUACCUUGCAUUGGGUGUUCAUUAGCAGCCCUUUUGGCAUAUUAGUAAUGAUUGUUAUUUGUUUU